CCGGCAGACGGAGCAGACCUCCGGGAAGGCAGCGUGGCUCGCCGUGGAUUGUGACCGUCCUCGCAUCACUGUGACCGGGCAUGAGCCGCAGCCUCGCACCGCUCCAGUGACGAUGAUAAUGAUGAUGAUGGAGCUCGUGCCUUCAUAGUUACUGUCAACUUCUCAACACACACGGAACUAACAGCGCGUGUGUGAGCGUGUGUGUGUGCGCGUGACAGAGAGGGAGAGAGUGUGUGUGAGAGAGAGUGUGUGUGUGUAUGCGUGUGUGUUUCUAAUUUUUUUUUGGGGGGGGAGAUCCAGGGAUUAUUUUAGGGAAGAGGAGAGGGUCUACUCCUCCUCUUCAUCCUCUUUCCUUCUUUCCUCUCCUGACACUUGGAUUCUGUGGAGGAUUUUUCUGUGUUUUUUUCUUUCUUGUUUUUGAGUGAUAAGAUCCACGGGGAGCAGGAUCAGGUUUUGCGGGACUGGAUCAUGCGGGGCGGCAUGGAUCUGGUUCUGGUUGGAUGUACGAUGAUGUGUGAUGGUUGGGAGGCGCUGGUGCUGAGGAGGAGAAGGAGAACAGGAGGAGGACUCCACCUGCUGCUGCUGCUGCUGAUGAUGAUGAAGAUGAUGCUGAUGCUGCCUGCUCCCACCACAGCCACCGACGCCUCCACAUCUUCUUCGUCCUCUUCGUCGUCCUCCGGCUUCGGAGGGUUCGUGGACUUCACGUUCACCCAGGAGCCUCAGGACACAGUGACGGUGCGGGGCGGCGUGCUGCAGCUCGACUGUCAGGCUCAGUCCGACGCGGCGGCGGAGCCUCCCGCCAUCACGUGGCGGAAGGACGGCGUGCUGCUGAGCGCCGUGGUGGACGAGCGGCGGCGGCAGCUGAGUAACGGCACACUCCUGGUGCAGAACGUGGUCCACUCGAGGCACCACCGGCCCGAUGAGGGGGAAUACCAGUGUCUGGCCACGCUGGACGGACUGGGCAGCAUCGUGAGCCGCACCGCCAGAGUGACCGUCGCCGGUCCGCUCAGAGUGGUCAUCCCCACCGAGUCCAUCUCCUCGUAUCUCGGCGACACGGCGCUGCUCCGCUGCGAAGUCUCCGGCGAGCCUACGCCCGUCAUCCGCUGGCAGAAGAACAGGGACGACCUGCCCGUGGCCUUUGACCCCGACUCCAGGCUGGCGGUGCUGCCAUCGGGUUCGCUGCAGGUCAGCCGCGUCCAGCCGCCGGACUCGGCCACGUACCGGUGUCUGGCCGACAACCCUGGCAGCACCCGCACGGGGGCGGAUGCCGAGCUGCGAGUUCUCCCAGAACCCGGGCUGAGCCGCGGCCUGCAGUGGCUGCAGCGUCCGUCCAGAGUCACCGCUCUGCUGGGAACCGACGCCAUCCUGGAGUGUUCCGUCUCUGGAUACCCGACGCCCAGCUUCCAGUGGAGGAGAGGAGAGGAGCUGAUCCAGAGCUGGAAUAAGAAGUUCUCCCUGCUGGCGGGCAGUAACCUGAUCAUCAGGAGCGUCAGCGACGACGACUCGGGCAGCUACAGCUGCACGGCAACCAACAAGAACGAGAACGUCAGCGCACACACGGAGCUGAGCGUGCUGGUUCCUCCUCAGUUCCUGAACUACCCGACCAACUCGUACGCGUACGAGUCCACUGACACGGAGCUGGAGUGCGCCGUGGCGGGAAACCCUCAGCCCACCGUGCGCUGGAUGAAGAACGGAGAGGAAGUCAUCCCCAGUGACUACUUCCAGAUCGUGGACGGCAGUAACCUGCAGAUCCUGGGUCUGGUGAAGUCAGACGAGGGCUUUUAUCAGUGCGUGGCUGAGAACUCGGCCGGCAGCGCUCAGGCCAUGGCUCAGCUGCUGCUGCGAGAGCCAGUGUCCCCCAGCCCAGGCGUUGUCCUCCCCUCUGCCCCCCGCGACCUGGUCCCUGUCCUAGUGUCCAGUCGAUUUGUCCGACUCAGCUGGCGCCCCCCAGAGGAGACGGGAGGAACUGUGCAGACCUACGGUGUUUACUACUCCCAGAGCGGCGUGGACAGGGAGCGGUCAGUGAACGUGUCGGAGCCCGAGUCGUUGGAGUUAAUGGUUUCCAACCUGAAGCCGGAGGAAAGUUACAGUUUCAGAGUCGUCGCCUACAACGACGUGGGACCGGGAGGAAGCUCCGCCCCCCUGAGGAUCACCACCAAACCUGACCUCCAGGUUCCCAGCAGGGUGGAGUCUGUGAGGGCGGAGCCUCUGUCUCCGACCUCUGUCCAGGUGAGCUGGGAUCCACCCACUCAGCCCAACGGCCCGGUGCUCAGCUACAGGCUGCUGUGGAGCGAGAGCCCGACCGGCAAAGAACAGAGUGUGGAAGUUAACGGACUGAACUAUAAGAUGGAGGGACUCAAUAAGUUCACUGAGUACACGGUCCGGGUUCUGGCUGUCAACCGCUACGGACCUGGAACUGCCUCUGAGAGCGCGGCAGUCAUCACGCAAUCAGACGUUCCCAGUGCAGCUCCUCAGAACAUCACCUUAGAGGUCGUCCUGUCCAGGAGCAUCAAGGUGUCCUGGCAGCCCCCUGUACGCAGCGCCCAGAACGGCAUCAUCACCGCCUACAAGAUCAAAUACAGGAAGACGGGUCGCCGUGGAGACCAAGAGGCCAUCGAACCCAACAACUUCUGGUACCUGUUCACAGGACUGGAGAAAGGCAGCCAGUACAGUUUCCAGGUUUCUGCCAUGACGAUCAACGGCACAGGUCCGGCCAGUGAGUGGUUUACAGCCGAGACGCCGGAGAACGACCUGGACGAGAGCCAGGUGCCGGACCAGCCCAGCUCCCUGCACGUCAGGCCGCUGCCCAACAGCAUCAUCAUGUCCUGGACUCCGCCCCUCAGCCCCAGCAUCCUGGUCCGUGGUUACAUCAUCGGCUACGGCGUGGGGAGUCCGUACGCGGAGACGGUCAGAGUGGACAGCAAGCAGAGAUACUUCUCCAUCGAAAACCUGGAGCCAAGUUCACACUAUGUGAUUUCCCUGAAGGCGUUCAAUAACGCCGGCGAGGGAGUUCCACUGUACGAGAGCGCUGUCACUCGAUCCCUGACGGACCCCAUAGACCCAUCUGAGGACGACCUGUUCCACCUCUUUGAUAAAUACCCCACUCCCAUGCCAGACACCAGCACUCCCAUGAUCCCUCCAGUCGGGGUCCAAGCCGUGGCUUUGUCCUCCGACUCGGUCCGCGUCUCCUGGGCGGACAACUCCAUGACCAAGAACCAGAAGGCGUCUGAGGUCCGGUACUACUCUGUCAAGUGGAAGACGAGCUACUCCACCAGUGGAAAAUACAAGUCUGCAGACACUACAGCGCUCAGCCACACCGUCACCGGCCUCAAGCCAAACAUCAUGUAUGAGUUUGCCGUCAUGGUAACCAAAGGCCGCAAGUCCAGCACGUGGAGUAUGACGGCACACGCCACGACGUAUGAAGCAGCUCCUAGCUCCGCCCCCAAAGACUUGACGGUGAUAAGUCGCGAGGGACGACCCCGCGCCAUCUUAAUCAGCUGGCAGCCACCGAUGGAGGCCAACGGACGCAUCACCGGUUACAUCCUCUACUACACGCUGGAUAAAAACAUGCCCAUCGACGACUGGGUGAUGGAGCCGAUCAGCAUCGACCGACUGACGCACCAGGUCGUCGAUCUGAACCUCGACACCGUUUACUACUUUCGGAUUCAGGCCAAGAACGCCAAAGGAGUCGGCCCUCUGUCAGAGCCCGUCCACUUCAGGACCGCCAAAGUGGAACAUCCCGACAAGAUGGCAAAUGAUCAAGGUCGAGGAGGAGACCACACCUACUGGCCGUCAGACACCAACCUCAUUGACAAGAGCAGCAUCAACGAGUCUCCCGUUGGUCAGAUGCGUCCUCCUCACGGCAGCGCCACGCCGCAGAAGAACAGCAACCUCCUGGUCAUCAUCGUGGUUUCCGUGGGCGCCGUCACCGUGGUGGUGGUCGUCAUCGUGGCUCUGAUCUGCACGCGGCGCUCCUCGGCUCAGCAGAGGAAGAAGCGAGCGAGCCACAGCGCGAGUAAGAGAAAGGGCAGCCAGAAGGACCUGCGACCUCCUGACCUGUGGAUCCACCACGAGGAAAUGGAGAUGAAGAACAUCGAGAAAGCGCCCAGUGUCGCCCCCUCUGGACGCAACUCGCCCAUCCAGUCCUGCCAGGACCUCCCCCAGGUCGCUCACAGCCAAUCAGAGAGCCAGAUCGGCAGCAAGAGCAGCCACUCAGCCGACGCUGACGACGUGUCCAGCAGUAUCUCCACUCUGGAGCGCUCCCUGGCUUCCAGGAGGGGAACACGCGGGAAAAUGAUGAUUCCCAUGGACUCACAACCGAGCAACACGCCGGUGGUCAGUGCCAUCCCAGUACCAGCUCUGGACUCGUCUCAGUAUCCUGGGAUUCUGCCGUCGCCGUCCUGCAGCUUCACGCACAACAAGUUCAGCCUGCGACCGAUGCCUUUCCCCAGUCUGACUGUGGACAGAGGAUACACGACAGUGAUGCCCUCAGACGCCUCGGCCAACCCUCUCCUCCAGCAGCAGCCUCCGCCACAGCAGGCUCCUCCGCUCCUCCCAGGCUCCUCCGCUCCCCCCGUGGAGCACGUCCCCGGUGUGGGCGUGGGUCCGGUCCCCGGAGCUCCGUCCGCGGCCGCAGCCGUGGAGGAGGCGCAGGCGGCGAGCGGCCGGACCAUCCCGACGGCCUGUGUUCGGCCCACACAUCCGCUACGGAGCUUCACCAACCCGCUGGUGCCACCACCCAUGGGGACGAUCGACCCUAAGGUCUACACCUCCAUGUUACCGCAGUCCAGUGAGUACAUGUGUGCGAGUCUCCCGAAGCCUCAGGUGAAGACGGCCUCUCUGGGUCAGGCCGGUAAGGCUCGCUCUCCUCUGCUGCCCGUCUCAGUCCCGACGGCGCCGGACUUACCGGAGGAGGGAGGAACAAAAGCUGCGGACGAUUCAGCUGCAAACGUUUACGAGCAGGACGACCUGUCGGAGCAGAUGGCCAGUCUAGAAGGACUGAUGAAGCAGCUCAACGCCAUCACCGGCUCCGCCUUCUAACCUCUGACGUCCCGCCCGGCCCAGCACUCGGUCACAGUCCAGCGAGGAAACCCCGUCUUUAAACCUGGACGUUCACCUGCCGUCCACCCGCAUCAGGUCAGUCCGGGUUUGAAGACGACGUCUGUGGAACCGAGUUUGUGCUGGUUUGUGCUGACCUCGGCUGGUGUUUUGGGGACCGGACAGAAGGGAAGUGGACAGAGAAUUAAAAGCAUUACGAGGUGUGAAGGUCUUCAGCAGGAGGUCAAACUGAAACCCCCGGUAGAUCCUUCAACCUCCAUCACAGAACUAGAAAAACCCAAUGCCUAGCGCCUCGACAUAACAAAAACAGGAGGGAGGGAUCAUCACAAAAAAAACAAGGUACCGUUAUAAGAGCCCUCCUGUUUCUCUUCUUCGUGGUAUUUAUUCGAGUCCUCCUCCACUGAGUUCUGAACGACUCGGUUACUGUGACUGUACCUCACUUAUUUUUCAUGAUUACUGUUCAAAGUGUUCCUUUUAUUUUUCUUUGGGGGUAUUUUACCUUUGUGCAGUUACAGGAUGUGUAUGUGCUUUUAAAAAGAAGUUCCCAGGAUCGUCGGUAAUCUGCAGCCACCAAAGUUUCACCAAAACGUUCUUUUUUUUUUUAACCUGGAUCUUAACGAUGUCCGUCACAGUGAUGUCAGGUGACACCAUUUCUUGGCUAGUUUUUCCUUCACUGGGACCAGAAAGUGUUCCAGACUUCACCAAUCACCCAUCAUCCUUUUCCAUAUCUGGAUCCUGAGGUAAAGAGAAAAAAAAGAAAAGAUAAAGGGAUUAAAACUGUGAUUUUUGACGGAUCAGAAUGGUGUGGAUUUGACUCGGCUCUUGAACGACAGAAACAUCUGCUGCUCUCUCUCCACCGAGCCUUUAACUCCAAUCUUUACCGACUCGUGUUGUUGCCAAAUUCUCCAUCUUGGAACUUAUCGUGACGUCCUUUGAUUUCGCUCCCUGCUCAAUUCAGUGAACUGGAAAAGGAGCUAACGUUGGGAACUAACGUCAAACAGUUUCUGGAUUUUGGAUCAGACAAACAGACGCUUUUCAGCAAUUACAAAUUCAGUCUGAUUGUGUCCUUCGUGAAAUUUGGUCGCUCUGAACGCACGACACGUUGUGCGCGUUGUCGCCCCCUGCUGGUUGGAGUACUAAAGAGUUGAAAUGUGUUGGCUUUUGGAGGCAAAUUCCAAAGUGGAGUUUGUAAGUAAAAAAAUGGAAGCUCCGCCCCGUGUUUAAAUUAUAAUUUGGCUUCACUGUGAUUUAAAAAUGAACAACUGUGAAAGAGUUGUGACAGCGACAGGAUCAAGAAUCAGCUUUUUUUCUUUUAUAUAUAAUUAUUUUGUUAUUAUUAUGAUUACUACAGUGGGGGGGGCGAUGAUAUUGAUAGUACUGUUUAUUUUUCCAGUGUUUGACUGAAGGUGACUGUGCUGUACUUGGACCUGAUUUUGAUGAAUUCAUAUUUAUUUUUCAUAAGGAAACACGCACACACACACACACACACACACACACAUACGUACCUCUGUUAAAAAAAACUGCAAAACCGCCAACUUCACUUUGAAUUUACUCGAGGUUCCAUUUUUAUACAAAAAUGACAAAAGAAAACAAAA